AUUUACUAAAAUGCGUAGUGUGUUUAUUGUUUUUGUUUUUCUUACUAUCAUUGCGCUUUGUAGUUGUGCUGGUACUAAUCAUAAGUUAGUUAAAAAACACAAGCAUUGCCACAAAUGGUUGAUUUUACAGAAGUUUUACUUUUUGGCGUUCCUGGCCUUCAAAUUUAAAGCUAUUUUGGUGAUUGGAUCCAUCUGGGCGAUUACAUUCAUAUUUGGAAAAGUAUUUGCUGCCUUUAAACUGGCUGAAUACAUGAAAGGAAGUAAUAAGCAUGAAGUAAUAUAUUCUUCACCUCAUCAUUUCGAUCAUGCAUACAGUAAAAAUCUAAAUGUACCACCAUCGUCUGCUGAUUAUAUUUACGAUUAUCCAUCUAAAGGAUCAUCUUAUCCCUCCGAGAAGAGCUAUCCACCUACUGGGUACGGAAGAGGAUACUCAGAACACGAAAAUUUCACUGGAUUCUAUGACGCUUUCAGGAGAUCAAAUUUAACAGAAGUUGUAUUUAAAGACAUGGACUUAAAGACAGAUGCUUGCAAAAGAAGAUUCGUUUGUCAAGCCGACUUCAACACAAAACAAAGUAGACUAUUGGGAAAUAUAUUCAACAUGUUUGUUGAUGAUGUGUAUAAGUCGUACCGAUCUAACGAGACUAUAUCUGCAAUAGAAGAUUGCACCACACUUUAUCCAGCAUGUGAUGAAGACGACGAUCCUCAAGAUGAUACAUAAAUAUUUAUUAUUUAUUGAGUAAUUUAUCAUUUAUUAUCCUACAAUUAUUCGCUUAUUAUUUAUUUAUUUGUUUGUUUAUUUAUUUAUUUAUUUUAUUUAUUUAUUUAUAUAUUUAUUUAUGUUUUAAAAUAAAUGUAAUAAUGUUU